UCUAAUUAAUAACCCCAUUUAGCCAUGAUGAAAUCAGACACUGAAAAAGUCAUUUUCACUCAUAAUGAAGAAUUUCUGGACCACAGAGGAAGACGAGCGGCUGAAGAAACUAGUAGAGAUAGCUACAGGCAGGAAUAUAUGGGUAGCCAUUGCCAAACAACUUCCUGGAAGAAGUGCCGGAGCCUGUAGACACCGAUUCUGCGAUUAUGUUAAAAUCAAACUUAGUGAAGGACAGCCAGCUGGAAAAGAGCAGAAAGGAAGAAAUCAGGAUAUUAGAGAUGUAGCCAAAUUUGAAAUUAAGAAAGAGAUUAUUAGCAAGAAGUCAAGGAGUGUUGACUGAUCACAAAAAUCAGCAUGUUCUGAAAGACUUAAAGAAGAGACUGAUAUGUAUUAUAAUAUGAUUAAGCAAGAGUUCUCUGUGGUUAAGAAAGAAGUCAAGGAUGAGCAGAAGUCUAUGUCAAAGUCUUCAAAAUAUCAGAAAAUUUUAUCAGACAAAAGUCACCAAAAAAAAAUCUUAAAUGCAGGUAAAAAGAUCAAGGAAGAGUAUGAAGAAAUUUCAUACAUCAGAAACAAGAGUAGAACAAAGCAGCUUCUAACGAAUAACAAUAAUAGUUGUAAAAGAAGCAGUCAGCGACACAGAGUAUCUUCUAGAAAGACCAGCUACCCCCAAAAAAUUCAAAGAGAACUUGACGAAUAUAUUUUCGAUUCAUGGAUCUCGCAUCUUAGACAGGUAGCUGAACCAAUCCAAGGAUUUCAUUAUGAAGAAAUUAUCGAACGUAUUAAGUAUUUCAAAAAAAUCUGUUGCCCAAACAGAGAGACUACUACCAAAUCAAAUUCCAAGCGCAGUAGUGUAAAGAGAGGAUCAAGACAAAGAGAAGCCUCUGAAAAGUCUGUGAAAUCAAAAGAUUUAUUCAAAGGCCUUCUCCCUUUAUCCCAAAACAUCAAAAAGAAGAAUCUAUUCAAAGAAGAAUGCAACAAAUUCACUAUUACCAAGAUUGAGUCCUGUAAGACUAAUUUCAGUGGAAAUGUCAGCCUCAGAUGUGCAUCAGAAGUGGAAAGAUACCAGAGGAUGAAUAAGCAUAACGACUAUGAUCAUCUGAAGGGCACCAAAAUCAGCCCUGUGCUCAAAUAUAAUGAAUUUUUACAUACAUAUGGCCUUUGGAAUAACAAAAGUGGCAUUUGGAAAAACAGCAUGAUCCAGAAGCUAAUUAAGUUAUACGCCAUUGCUCCGAAUGACUGGGAAGUUAUCCAUGAAGGCCUUAAAUCGAACUUCACGAUGGAUCUUAUAAAGAUUCAGUUUGUCAAAGUUCUCAGGUGGGCUGCUUUCGAAUACAAGAAAAAUAGGGAUAAAAAGUUAGGAAAGUUUGAAAAAUUAAAGUUUAACAACCCUCACUCAAGAUUAUACUGAAAAGACCCUUUCAGUGUUGAUCCUGAAAAGCUCAUUCCUUGUGUUGAGGUAGCUUGUGCUCUUCUUGGUGUAUUUGAGAAUGAUGGACCUCAGAAAUCUUCAAAAGUUCCAACUACAAAGAAGCAAACUCAAACCAAAAAAAAACAACUCGGAAAAGAGUUGUCAAAGCUCAAAGGAAGAAAAAAGAAGCUGAAAUGUCACAGAAGCCUAAGAAAAGGAGAGUCAAACGUACUAAAAGAGUUAAGCAGAAGACUGAUUCCUCUUCAGAUACUCUAAUUUUCAAAUAAUUUUGC